AUGCCUUUAACCCAGCAGGCUCUUUCCCAUGAACACCAUAAGAGUUCUAUGGAAGAGUUGUUGGAUGGAUCUCUGAAGCUAUUGGACGUUUGUGGGAAUGUGAAAGACAUUUUUUCAUACACAAAAGAAUGCAUCCAGGAACUCGAGCCAUCAUUCCGAAGGAGACAAGGAAAUCCUGCAUGGUCGAGUGAAGUCGAGGUAUACUUAAAAUCAAGGAAAAGAUUGCAGAACAUGGUCACAAAGCUUUUGGAUCAUUUGAAGAAGAUGAAGAGGAAAAACAACCUGAGAAGACCCUCGAAUCCUGAGGCUACUCUCAGCAUAUUAAGAGAAGCUGAAGAAAUUAGUUUAACAGUAUUCGAGUCCUUGUUACAUGUCCUUUUAGGGCCAAGGGAAAGAUUGAAGCCUUUCAGUUGGUCUUUGGUCUCAAAUAUGUUGUCACCUAAACACAUAUCAUGUGAUGAGAAAGAGGAAUACAAAAAAAUCAAAGGCUUGGAUGGUGAAUUGACCAUUCUGAAAUCUGCUAAAGAUGCUCAUCCCGGAGUAUACAAUGUUUCCAAGGGACUUGAGGCAUUGGAAUCGAGCAUUCGGAAAACAGAGGAGGACCUGGAAUGCAUUUACAGGAGACUUGUCAAAACAAGAGCUGCUCUCCUCAAUAUAAUCAACUGCUAG